GCACCCAACGGUUUAACGCGCGUACUGACUGCAGCUAGCUAGUUUCACUUCCGGCUCGUGACGUCAUGGGUGUGGUAUGGGAACACAUUACAGCCAACAUGGCGGCGAGUGUCUUUACGUGCUGCCUGUCUCCGCAGGAGAUAGAGGCAAAAUCCAAGAGCCAGGCCAUCGACAAGGAGCUGAACAAGUACAAAUCUUACAUCCGGAGAGAAAUCAAGAUCUUGCUGCUAGGUGCCGGCGAGAGUGGGAAGAGCACUUUCCUGAAACAGAUGAAAAUCAUCCACGGACAGGAGUUCACGGAUGAAGAUUUCAAAGACUACCGCAAUAUCAUUUACUCCAACGUUAUCAAGGGGCUCAAAGUGCUGCAGGACGCCCGCAGCAAGCUGCAGAUACCGUGGGGGGACCCGGCUAACGAGGAGCACGUUGCCCAGGUCAUGGGCUGCGACACGGCCCAGCUAGAGCCCACGGUUUUCGGGCAAUUUGUGCCGAAUUGCCGGGCGUUAUGGGCCGACAGCGGAAUACAGGGAGCGUACGACAGAAGGCGUGAAUUUCAGUUGGCGGACUCUGUAAAGUACUUUCUGGACGAGCUGGAUCGGAUUGGGAAGAAGGAUUACUUGCCCACCACGCAAGACAUCCUGUACGCCCGCAAGGCCACCAAGGGCAUCGUGGAGCACGUCAUCGACAUCAAGAACGUCCCCUUCCGGUUCGUGGACGUCGGCGGCCAGCGCUCGCAGCGGCAGAAGUGGUUCCAGUGCUUCGAGGGCGUGACCUCAAUCUUGUUCCUGGUCUCCUCCAGCGAGUUUGACCAGGUGCUCAUGGAGGAUCGCAUCACCAACCGGCUGGUGGAGUCCUGCAACAUCUUCGAGACCAUCGUCAACCACAAGUACUUCUGCAAGGUCUCCAUCAUCCUCUUCCUGAACAAGACGGACCUUCUCGAGGAGAAGAUCAAGGUGGUCAACCUGAAGGACUAUUUUGCUGCCUACGAGGGCGAGUCCGACGACCUCAAGCAGGUGCAGGCCUUCAUCUUGCUCAUGUUUGACAUGCGGCGCCGGGAACGCACUAAAACGCUCUUCCACCACUUCACCACCGCCGUAGACACGAACAACAUUCGGUACGUAUUCUACGCGGUCCGGGACAUUAUUCUCAAGCAGAAUCUAGAAGGCCUUAUGCUGCAGUAGCUUGUGGUUUUUGUUCCAAGUUGAGUGAGUCUCUUGCCUUCUCCAAGACGGUCGCCUGUGGCCUUGGAAAUAUGAAGUU